GUGACGUCAUAAAACUGCGCCGCGCGACUACCUACUGCAUCUGUUGUGAAUUGGCUAAAGAAAGCUCUUUAAUGCACAAAAGCUCCACUGGCCUUGCUAAUUAGUCCAUCAAGGACUGAAGCUUACAUUCCUAGUUUCCAAACACACAGGAAAAUCUGCUGGCGAGGCACCUGAGAUCCACGUGACACAAUUAUAAAGAUGGCGUUUAUUAAAGAGGAGAGUGAAGACAUGAAGAUUGAAGAAACAUUCAGUGUGAAACAAGAAGAUACCUGGACACAAACAGACCUGGUGACACUGAAACAGAAGAGCCACAAACUGAAUGAAAUGGAAGAGAAAAAUCAGAAUCAUCAUGAUUUCACAAAUAGAGAAAAAUUCACACAGACUGAAAAGACAUCCUCACAAAAAACAGAUCAGAAGGCCAAAUUUAACUGCAAUUACACCUGCCCUCAGUGUGGAAAGAAUUUCACUCAAAAGAGACAGCUUGGAGACCACGUGAGUAUUCACACUGGAGAGGGCCUUUUCACCUGCCAACAGUGUGGAAACAAGUUCACUCGAAAAGGAGCCCUUAAAAGGCACAUGAAAAUUCACACUGGAGAGAAGCCGUACAUGUGCCAACAAUGUGGAAAGAGCUUCACAACAAAACUAAACCUUAAGUAUCAUAUGAACAUUCACACUGGAGAAAAGCCUUUCCCAUGUGAACAGUGUGGAAAGUGUUUUAGCCGUAAAGAAACCCUUAAUCAGCACAUGAAGAUUCACAUAAAAAGGGACUGUUUUGUAUGUCAUCUGUGUGGAAAAAGUUUCACAGACAUGAAACGUCUUAACAUACAUGUAGAAAUUCACUCUGGAGAGAAACCUUUCAAAUGCCAGCAGUGUGGAAAGAGUUUCCGAUUAAAUAAACACCUUGAGAGUCACAUGAGAAUUCACACCGGAGAGAAGCCUUUCACAUGCAAGCAGUGUGGAAAAAGUUGCAGUCAUAAAGUUACCCUUAAGAAUCACAUGAAUCUUCACACUGGAGAAAAACCUCACAUAUGCUCUGAGUGUGGGAAAAGUUUCAGAUAUAAGGUUACCCUUAAUGCCCACAUGACUGUUCACACUGGAGAGAAGCCUUUCGGAUGCCCUCGGUGUCAACAGAGUUUUGCAUAUAAAUCAUCUCUUGAAGCCCACAUGAGGAGUCACACUGGAGAGAAGCCUUUCCCCUGCAAACUCUGUGGGAAGAGCUUCUCCGAAAGAGGAAAUCUUAAAACUCACAUGAGAGUUCACACUGGAGAGAAGCCUUACACCUGCCCUCAGUGUGGAAAGAGUUUCACGGUUAAAGGAAACCUUAAGAGUCACAUGAGAGUCCACAUUGGAGAGAGGCUUUUCUCUUGUCUUCAAUGUAAGAAGAGCUUCACACAGAAAAAAGACUUGAAUUGUCAUUUGCAAACUCAUUCUGGAAAGAAAUUGCAGUGUUCUGAUUGUGGUAAGAGGUUUGAAAAAAGGUGUUAUUUCAAAAAUCACAUUUGCAUUCACUCUGGAAGAAGAUUUAAUUGUGAUCAAUGUAAUAAAAAAUUUAUUUUGCCAUUACACUUACAGAUACACCUGAAAAGUCAUGAAAAUGUGAAACCCUAUUUGUGUCAUUUGUGUGGAAAGAGUUUUAAAUGGCCCAGCAAUUUAAAAUGGCACAAGAAAAUACGUAUCUGUGUAAAAUCAAGGCUACGUUCAAACCGCAGCUGAAUGUGGCCGAAAUAUGAUUUUUCCUCUUCAUUAACCCUUUUAUUUGCAUCUUUCACAUCUUUAUACUUUGCCUUGAGGCCUUUUAUUUUCGUUUUUCAUGUACAUAUGUAUCCACCUGUAUCUAUACAUAACCACCCCUAUAGUUUGAUUGGUUACGCCCUUUAAUUUCGAUUGUAUAGAGACGUCACUCCAUUCCAUGUAUUGAUACCUCAGAAUCAAAUAUUAUUUAAAGGUGCCCUUGAACGCUCUUUUACAAUAUGUAAUAUAAGUUUCAGCUUAAAAUACCCCAUAGAUUUUUUUUUUUUUAAUUCAGUUU